AUGAAAUGCUGUCGAAUUCCAAAAAUUGAUCCAUACUUCCCAAAAAUCACAUUCAACGCAACUCUGGUUCCAAAAAUCGAGAUUCUUGAUGCCGAUUGGGCGAAAUCCUUUAAAGGGAACGAAGACCCACUAAUUUCAGAUGGAUCUCACACGGGUGUCAAUCAACUCGGAGGUGUAUUCGUCAACGGGCGGCCACUUCCAGACUCGAUUCGUGCUCAAAUCGUGGAAAUGUCUCAACGUGGCACUCGUCCAUGUGAUAUUUCCAGACAGUUAAAGGUUUCCCAUGGAUGUGUUUCAAAGAUUCUGGGUCGUUUCUACUCAACAGGAUCUGUCCGGCCAGGAGUGAUUGGAGGAUCGAAACCAAAAGUUGCUACACCGCGUGUUGUUGAAUGCAUCGCUGGAUACAAGAGAGCAAAUCCCACGAUGUUUGCUUGGGAGAUCAGACAGAAGUUGAUGGAGGAUCAAAUCUGCGGAGAGGACAAUGCUCCAUCAGUUUCUUCAAUUAAUCGAAUUGUUAGGAACAAGGACUUCCAAAACUUUGUCUCUCAAAACUCUAGACCAACAUCCUCUUCUUCCUCAUCCGGAUCCUCCCAACAAUCAUCACAGUCCUCAUCAAGGCAAUUACCUCCGCCACCACCGCAAUCACAGCAGUCUCAACAGUUGGCUGCUACAGUACCCUCGCUGGCGGCUCCUCCCACUUUUGCAAUGCCUGGAACCUAUUCCAUAAACGGCCUUCUUGGAAGUCUCCCACAUUCAAGUAUUCUCGAUGACAAGUCUUUUCAUCUCUCUCAUGCCGACAUGUCUCUUGUCUAUCCGACUUCUGGAACUAUCGGUCCCAGAGUUCUGGAGCACGAUUGGCCGAUGCGUGCUCCUGUUUGCACGAUUCUUCCGAACUACUGCGGCGGACAUUUGUAA